AUCACAAUCAAACUAGCAUUCGUCCGGUGAACACCAGGAGUACAGGAAAACAAAAUGGUGUCCAAUAAAGUGUUGUGUUUAGUGGCGCUUGCCCUUUUCGGAAGUGCGGUGGCGCAGCCGUCGAAGCAAGCCUUCUGGAAAGGCACUCCAAUGGACGGCAUGGUGGAGGAGAUGAGAUCCGGUUGCGCUGAAGGCUCUGAUCCCACUGCUUGCAUCAAAUACAAGGUCAUGUCUUUAUUGGACUCCAUCUUCAAGAAGGACACGUUCCAGCUUUCCGAAGCCGUUGAAGUGACGAAGAAUGAUGCCGCCAAUGACGUCACUGGCCGUUCCUCUGGCGACUUCUUCGACAACAUCGAGAGCUUCAUCCAAUCGCACGAUGUGUCCUUCCAAAUGCCAAUCGCUGACACCAAGAUCACGGUCAGCCCCAGGAACUUGGACAACGAUGAAAUCAGCCUGAACAUCAAGUUCAACAAAGAUGGUGCCCGCUCCGUCGGUGAGGCACGCAAGGCCAAGCUCAAGAAGAUCAUUGUGCCCAUCCUGGUGUUCGUGCUCCUCAAGGCCAUGACCCUCAUCCCCUUAGCCAUCGGAGUCCUCGGAUUGAAGGCCUGGAACGCCCUGCAACUGUCCUUCUUCUCUUUCGUCGUGUCCGUCGCAUUAGCCAUCUUCCAGCUCUGCAAGAAGUUUACCCAGAUCGCGGCCGACAACUCCCACCCGCAGAUCGCCGCGCACGGCCCGUGGGACGCUGCCUACGCCGCCACCCGCCGCCGAAGGGACGCCGAGCCUCAGGAGCAAGCCCAAGAAAUGGCCUACAACGCAUACUUCUAAACCACGACCAAACCCGGACCAACGACUCGAACCGCUUAAGAUGGCUGCUCUUCAAAAUUCGAAUGAGCAAACCCCUAUCGGCAAUAGACCAAAAAUAUAUAAAUGUUUCAGUGGAAACUAAAUGUAAAUACUAUGUAGUAGCAACUUAUUUAUUGUAAUGCAUUAAAGCAAAUGAGCUAGUGUGAAUGUGAUGUAUGAAUGUUAUUUAUUUGUGUUUGACAAUAAACUCAUUGAAUAAAAAAUAUUUUAUAUAUUUAAUUUCAACGCACCCAAUCUAAAAAAAAUAUUCAGAAAAG